AUGGCAGAAAGCAUGUACAAGGAAGUUGAAGGCUUCUUCCUUCACGUCGCCUUUCCAGACGAGUGUGUGCGUUCAGCCCUGCACUACAAGCCUCAGCCCGGAGACGUAUUCGUCGUCAGCUACCCGAAAUGUGGCACAACCUGGAUGGAACACAUCGUCUACCACAUCUUCAACGGCCGUUCGCCACCGAAGGAUAUUUUGAGCCGUUGCCGAGAGAUGCCCUUCCUGGAAUUCCAAGGAGCGGACUCGGUCAGAGACAUGGCGAGACCGGGCUCCAUCAAGACCCACAUGCCCUUCCGCUUCCAGCCUUAUUCGAUGGACGCCAAAUACAUCUACAUCUGCAGGAACCCGUAUGACUGCUGCGUGUCAUUCUUCUACCACACCAAGGCCAUGCCCGAGUACGAGUUUCAAGACGGCACGUUCGACCAGUUCUUUGAGAUGUUCAUCGAGGGCAAGGUAGACUUUGGCGACUACUUCGACCACGUGCUAUCCUGGUAUGAGCACCGGAAUGAUCCCAACGUGCUUUUUUUGACCUACGAAGACCUCAAGAGGGACACCGCGACCUGGGUGCUCAAGAUUGCCGAUUUCCUUGGAGAGGAAUACGGUCAAACACUUAGACAUGAUCACGAGGCUAUGGCUAAAAUUUUGGAAAGGACAAGCGUCAAGACCAUGAAGGAAGACGUGAAUGGUUCUUUUAAAAAAUUGUACGAGGAAAUCGAAGCCGUCCCGGAAGAACGAAGACCGCAGUGGGCGAGGCUCCUCAAAGAAGCCACCGGCCAGGACGUGCUGGAGAGUCCGAUGAGCGGCGAAUUUGUGCGAAAGGGAGUCGUUGGCGACUGGAGGAACCAUUUCUCGGCUGACCAGAUCAAGCGCCUCAAGGAGCGCAUCGAGUUAAAGACACGUGGCAGCGACCUCAUGCGCUUGUGGGAAGACACCGAUAUUCCAUGAUGCACCUUCAA